AUAUUUCUUGAAUACAAGUAACGACGAUGUGCGAUGUGAUUAUGUGUUGCAACAAUAAAAUAAAAAUGUUCUCUCUGAAUCAAAUUGCACAUGGCGGCCAUAAAACACCAUGGAAGAAGCUCUCCGUAGAAAAUAGACCAAAAACAGAUAUCCCGCCAUCGAAGCAUCGCCGAAAAGCAAAGCAGAAAAGCACCCCACGAAGCGCAUCUUUCUUGCGGGGGCUUCUACUGGGAGCUGCCUCGGAGCGCCGCCGUGUCCGUGUUGGCAAUCCGCUCCGCCACGGUCCCACCACCACUUCUCGGUCAGCUCGGAUUUCGGGUAAAUCGUCACGAUGACCACCACCCGGGAGGACGUCCUUCUGCAGAUGGGCGAAGUGCGCUACAAGAAGGGCGACGGGACGCUCUACGUCAUGAACGAACGCAUCGCCUGGAUUGCGGAACACCGGGACACGGUCGCCGUGUCCCACCGGUUUCAGGAUAUCAAGAUGCAAAAAAUCUCCCCGGAGGGAAAGCCAAAAAUUCAGCUGCAAGUGGUCCUGCACGACAGCAACAGUUCGACGUUCCACUUCGUGAACCGGAAUGGCCCUUCGGCGCAGAUGGCCGAUCGGGAUAAGGUGAAAGAGCUGCUGCAGCAGUUGUUGCCGAACUUCAAGCGUAAGAUAGACAAAGAGCUGGAGGAGAAGAAUCGCCUUCUGACGGAGAACCCGCAGUUGCUGCAGCUGUACAAGGAUCUCGUCAUCACCCAAGUGCUGCCUAGCGAUGAGUUCUGGGCGUCCCAUGCGAAACAGUACAUGGCGAAAGAGCAGAACGGCAAGCAGGAUAUCGGAGUAUCGGGAGCAUUCCUGGCGGACAUCAAACCCCAAACGGAUGGCUGCAACGGGCUGCGGUACAAUCUCACGUCGGACAUAAUUGAGUGCAUCUUCAAGACGUACCCGGCCGUCAAACGGAAACACUCCGAGUACGUGCCGGCCAAGCUAACCGAGUCGGAGUUUUGGACCAAGUUUUUUCAAUCGCACUACUUCCACCGGGAUCGAAUCGCGGCCGGUACCAAAGAUAUCUUCACCGAGUGCGGCAAGAUUGACGAUCAGCAGCUGAAACAGGCGGUGCAGGAGAAUCUCGGCGAUCCACUGUUGGAUAUUCGGUCCUUUGAGGACAACACCCUGGAGGAAGGUUUCUGCAGCAGUGCCGCCUCCAGUAACAAACAGACUGUGAAUAGUGGCAACAUUGUCCACCAGAGCAUGAUCAAACGGUUCAACCAGCACUCGUUCAUGGUGCUGAAAACCUGUACGGACGUUAAGACACUCAACCGAGGAAUCGGUGCGAUCCUCAACGCCACUCCUGGAGUGAAUCCUCCGGUCAAUGGGGAAAUCAAUGGCCUCAAAGAGAAAUCCAAAGGAGCCUUGAACAACAACAACAACUUGAUCAACGGAUUCAGCAAGAAGGAGAAACGAGCCCACGAGAACAACCACAUUGCCAAUGGGGAUACCAACGGGGCCUACCACGGCCCGGAGGAACCUUUCGUAGAACCAACGAUCAAACGGGCCCGUAUCCUCGAGAAAAUCCACUACGACGAUCUGGAGGAUGACAACGACGCGAGCAAACAACCCAAACAGCUGAGCCUUACAAAAAUCGAACGCUACCUACACGGACCGGUUCCGUCGGCUGGGGCGAUGUCAGCGCCCAGCAGUGGCGGCUAUCACGAUACUCAAUCCGACCACGGUCUGCACGAUCUGGACUCGGUCAACGCGUACAUUCUGCAGUCGACCGGAUCGUGGAACAACCGGACACCGCACAAGGUGCUGGUCAGCGCCAAAUCGGCUGUGAAUGCCCUCGGGGAGCUCAGCCCCGGUGGGGCACUUAUGCGGGGCUUCCAGGAACAGAGCUUAGCUCAACUAGUGCCGCCGGACAUCGAGAAGGAGAUCCGCAAUCUCUACCUGUCGCUGCUGGAGCUGCUGAAGCACUUCUGGAAGUGCUUCCCGCCGACGACGCCGCAGCUCGAGGCGCAAGCCAUCCGGAUGCACGAAACGUUGCAGCGAUUUUCGAUGGCCAAGCUGAAGCCGUUUGAGGAACGUGCCAUGAGGGAACUGUUGCCAUUGGGCGCGUCACUGACGCAGCAUUUAAACCAGCUCCUGCAGUCGGCGAACCGGAAGUUUGCCACCUGGCAGGAACGGCAGCGCCGUUCGCACAGGUAGCACCACCACUCGCCGGCCUGUCCGUCCCCGGCAUCGUCGACGUCGUCGGCUUCCUCAUCCCCGGCACACCACCAGUUGUCCUCGUCGUCGUCGUUGUCCAAUCACCACCACUACUACAAUAGCAAUGCCCAUCUGUUUCUCUACGGCUCGACAAAGCGCCAUCACCACUAGAAUUACGGUGUUUCGGAACGCCCAUGGCCGAGUUGAGAUUCGUGGUUACUGAGCGACCGCCCGCCCGCAUUAUGUGUCAUUAUGAUUCCAAUCGCUGCUGGCUGGAGAAAAGAACGAAACGAAGGUAUGAUCCUUGAUUUUGAACUUGGAAUAUUUCCAGCUUGUUUAGCGAACGCAACAAUUUUCUGUCAAACAGUUUAAACUAUGGAAACUAUUUGGGGCGAUUGAACAGAAAACAUUCUUGGGGAAAGAUGUACUGAAAGUUAGUGAUCAAAUCAUUACACAAAAUUAUUGAAGAAAAAUGAAUGGUUAAGGAGAAGGAAGAAACCGAUCUAUGUAGAAUAGGAGAAGAAAAAAGCAUUAACCGGUUAGGAAGUGAUAUUUCAAAAGAUGAGAAAAUAAUUGCUAUAACAAAAAACAAACGUGAUCAAUUCUUGAUGAAUUGAACCGUUGGAACUGGUGUUUUGUUUUCCCCUUAAUAAAUCUCUAGGUUCGUUUUUCAGUUCUCUGUAGAUAUGCAUAUUAUUUCCUGUUUCUUCCCUCGCUUCAACAAUGGGGAUGGUAUCCGAAGAAGAUAAGUUACAUUUUAUAUGCAGGUAAAAGAUUCGAAUACAAUCAAACGACUCUGAGCAUGCCUCCUACACUAAUUUUCCUCAACUGAUACCACUUUCUUUUUUUUAAUUAGAAUAGCUUAUAGAGUGAUGAAUCGUUUAGAACUUGUGUUAAAGAUCACGACCAUUAGUUACUGUUUCUUUUAUCGUAUUGCUUCCGUUUUGCCCUUUGGGAAGAUACUUUGUUCUUGAUUAUUAAGAAUACAUCGUUUGCUAUUUUUUAAUAUGUUACCUUUUCGUCGUUUCUUUGGAAACCAAUAAUACCUAUUCAUAAAAAAAGCUUCAGAUUUUGGAAAGAAAGCAACGACGUACUAAAAUUGUAUUUGAAAAGUCUGAACAAGCAGCAGAUGCAAAAAUUAAUUGAAGAUAAUAAAGUCAAUGAUAGGCAAGCAGAAUGAUUUGCUUAGUUACGGCUACGGGGUGUUACACUUGGAAGAAAAGGGUCCAGCAGCGAGGGUGAAGAAAGAUAGGAAGCAAAUAAUUAAGCAAGGUGAAGAAGAAUACCAUCAGCUGCAAAAACUAAAUGAAAGUAAUAAAAGCGAACACUGAAAAAAAACAAAACACUCAGAUACGCAAACACAUCUUACAAGAAACACACAUGUAUUCAACAGUAUAUCGUUUGUACGACAAACCGAACACAGCAGAUUGAAGAUACAAUUGAUAGAACACAAAAAUAUAAAAAAUCAUGAAUAAUUA